ACUUAGGGGUGUGUCUUAGACAAUUAGUUCCUCAAGGAAGUACAGCUCAGAUUAUCUUGAAACACAGUGUUGAGCAGAUCAGAGAGUUUCUCUGUAACUUUUGUGUAGUUCCAUCCUUGUUUAAAGAGAGCAUUGAUUCAAAAAACCUGGAUGUUGAUCACCUAAGCUGCACAGACAAGGAGGCCAGAUACUUGACAGAGAGGAGGGAGGGAAAGAAAAGAAAAAGCAGAAAUGGAGAACUUUAGCUCCAGAGACUUGGCUAUGAAAGCCCAGAAGAAGCUUCUUAGCAAUAUGGCCAAUAAGUCAGUAGUGCAGAUGUUCAUUGAUGACACCAGCAGUGAAAUCCUGGACGAGCUGUAUCGUGUCUCAAAGGAGUACACAGGGAACCGUGCAGAGGCCCAGAAAGUGAUUAAGGACCUGGUUAAAAUUGUUGUGAAGAUUGCAGUGCUUUUUAAGCACAACCGUUUCAGUGAAGAGGAGCUCCACUUAGCCCAGACCUUCAAGAAGAAAUUACACCAGGGAGCCAUGACAGCUAUCAGUUUCCAUGAGGUUGAGUUCACCUUUGACAAAGCAGUGAUAUCAGAGAUCCUUAACUCAUGCAGAGACAUGAUGCUCAAGCUUGUAGGGACUCAUCUCACAGCAAAAUCCCAUGGACGCAUCAACCAUGUCUUUAACCAUUACUCUGAUCCGGAUCUUCUCACCCAGCUGUACAAUCCAAAUGGCCCUUUGAAGCCUCAUCUCAGUAAAAUUUGCAAUGGACUUAACAAACUGAUCGAAGAGGGCAAAUUAUGAGAGCGCCGUGCCAUUGGGACACCAAACAGUAUUUCUUUAAAGGGACCAACAAAGUGCUGGACUAGAAAAACGCAAGCCAUGAAUUAUAUAUUCAGCACACACAGUGAUUAUCUCACUGAUGGCAGUCUUUUUGUUCAAAUUUUUGUAAAUUUUAGUCCACCACUGUUCUCUGUUUACGAUAAGAAAAUUAAAUUUCACAUAAUUGUUUCUCGGCACAGAGAAAUAUUGAUCAUUUUGAAUUUUUAACAGGCAUUUCAGCAAACUUGUUUUGAGGUGAACAAUUUGAUGAUGACCUAAUUUUAUCAAUAAGCACUAUAUUUAAAUGUACUUAAUGAACCAUCAAGGUUACACUUAUCUAAAAAGCUUAGUGACUUAUGCUUUCCAGUAAAGCAAGAAACAAGGAAAGAAUAUAUAUAUAUAUAUAUAUAUAUAUAUAUAUAUAUAUAUAUAUAUAUAUAUAUAUAUAUAUAUAUAUAUAUAAAGGGGUUUUUUAUAAGGGGUAUUAAUAAAUACCAGCCCUCAAUUUUAUGCCACUGAAAAGGAAUUCAAGUUCUAGUUAAAAUUAGGAAUGAAAAGCUACAAUGCUGUAAGAAUAGGGGUAUAAUAAAUAUAUCUGUAAAAUUAUGCCUUGGGAAAAACAUUAUCAAAUCAAAGCACAGUUCCACAUUAGUAAAUCUCUUCACUGCCACCUGGUGUAACGUCAAUUGAACUGUGAUUGAAGUCUCUGUCUGCCCUAAACGAACUAAUGCACAUAUAUGCAUUGAUGAUUCUAUAUAAUGUGCUUUUGUUGCCCCAAGUGAAAAUAAGAUAAUUCAUAAAAGCCCAUGUUACUUUAAACUUCAAUAUUUGGAUAAAGCAGCAAUGGUGAUCAAUCCGGUUAUUUUAAAAGCCUACAGAUUCUCAGACAUUUUAUACUGAUACACUGAUGAUAUACACUGUAUAUUUCAUACAUAAAAAAUCCUGGUUGUAAAUAAACCUUGUGCAUUUA